UACGAUUCUACCCAUCGAUAAAGCACUGCUACUACUACUGUAGAGUUGUCAUCAGUGGGAGAAAGGGAGGCAGAAGCCAGUGCCGGCCAAAGAAGACGAACAAAUUUCUUUCCCAUUUUUCCGAUCCCAUUCUCGAUUCCGACCUCGAUCCAAGCUCCCCGACGAUGAGUACCAUGAAAUAUUGCUGCGACUGCAACAACAUUCUGUAUCCCAAGGAAGACAAGGAGCAGAGAAUCCUCCUCUACGCCUGCCAGAACUGCGACCACCAGGAGAUAGCUGAUAGCAAUUGUGUGUAUAAAAUUGAGGUGCACCACUCUUUUGGAGAGCACACUCAAGAAUUGCAGGAUGUAGCUGCAGAUCCAACUCUUCCUCGAACUAAAUCUGUCCAGUGUGCAAAAUGUGGGAAUGGAGAAGCUGUCUUCUUCCAGGCAAACGCUAAAGGAGAAAAAGAUAUAACGCUCGUCUUUGUGUGUUGUAAACCAAACUGUGGACAUCGUUGGAGGGAUUGACAUUUUCAUAAGUUGAUGCUCGGUAAUUUUGUAACGGUCGGUUUUCCUGAACUAGCACUUUAGGAUUUUGCAGUAAGCUUGUUUGGAAGUUAAGAUCUUCAACCUGAACAUGCAUCAUCAUUUUCAUGCUAACUUUUGAAUAUUUAACGCGGUUUAGAAUCUUCAUCCAAGCAGAAAAGGGUGGUGAUUUUUCCGAAUUCCUUCGUGCUUUCUGCAUGAACCAUCAUGAAUCAUCCUCGUCCCUGCCUGUUGGUGGCAUUUUUCUUUCCCUUUUGUUCUUUAAGAGGAAAAAGAAAUGAGGGUGUGACAU